UUAACACACGCAGCCGCAGCAUCACGCGACAUCCCUGAGUCACCACCGAAUCUCUCCUGCCUCUACAAAAGGGAGAGCUGACUGACCUCACCCGCCCACCGGACAACACCUCCACCUCCUCCACGACUGCUACCAUCAGCGGAAACACCAUUCGUACUGCCUCCAAUCACAUUGCUGGCCUGCGAUGACUUCGCAGAAGUCUGCCCUUCCCACCCAGAUCAAGCAGACCUCACCCCGCAAGGUCUCGCUCGACCUCGACCCCUUUGCCUCCCCCGCAGAGUACUAUGGCAAAAGCCACGGCCCUAGAAAGGUGGCCAAAAGUCGCACAUAUUCUGCCAAUGGUCCCCGUCUUGAGGGUGUAGAAGGCGUCACCACGCUUAGGCGGCGACAAAGUCACGAUGUCCAAGGAGAUACCCCUCGCCGAUUCCUUCUUAACGUGGAGGAAACUCGCAAGACUCUUCUCGCACGCGAAGACACCGACCACAACAUUCAGAUCACCAUUGAGGAUCAUGGCCCCAAGACCCUCGCUCUCGGCACCGCCGCAUCUGGGGGCUACAAGCGCUUUGACAUUCGCGGCAAUUACAUGGUCAGCAAUCUGCUCCAAGAACUGACGCUGGCCAAGAAGUAUGGCCGUAAGCAGAUCGUGCUUGAUGAGGCGCGUCUCAACGAAAACCCCGUGAAUCGCAUGGCCCGGCUCAUCAAAGACCAAUUUUGGCCGAAUCUCACGCGUCAAAUCGACGGGCGCAACGUCUUCCAGGUCGCCAGAGAUCCCAAGGAUUGGACCAAAGAACCACGCCCACGCAUUUACAUCCCCGUUGGAGCGCCAGAACAAUACGAAUACUACACACGGAUCGCCACCAAGCAUCCCAAGAUGAACUUGGACGUUCAGUGGCUGUCGGCAGAUCCGAGCAACGCGGACUACGUGCGAGAUCUCAACGAAGCCCCCGGCCUCCUGGCCAUUGCAAUGGAGCGCGUCGAGGACACGCCCGAAGGCGAGCCGGACUUUCGUGGCUUGCCCUUCGUCGUUCCCGGUGGCCGCUUCAACGAACUCUACGGCUGGGACAGCUACAUGGAGACCCUUGGCCUGCUCAUCAACGACCGCGUCGACCUGUGCGAAUCCAUGGUGCGGCACUUCUGUUUUUCCAUCCAGCACUACGGCAAGAUCUUGAACGCCAACCGAACAUACUACCUCUGCCGCACCCAACCGUGCUUCCUGACUGACAUGGCCCUGCGGACAUACGAGCGGAUGGAUCAUUCGCAGAAGAGCCAUGAUUUUCUUCGCUUUGCAAUGCUGGCGGCGAUCAAGGACUACUACAAUACAUGGAUGGCUUCUCCCCGUUACGAUGCCGAAUCCGGUCUUUCAUGCUACCAUGCCGAUGGCGUGGGAGUGCCACCCGAGACCGAGCCCACCCAUUUUGUGCAUGUCAUCCAGCCAUUCGCCGACAAACACAACAUGACGUUUGAAGAAUUCGUCAAGGCCUACAACUACGGCCACGUGUUCGAGCACGAACUCGACGAGUAUUUCAAACACGACCGCGCGGUACGUGAAUCGGGCCACGACACGACUUAUCGGCUGGAGAAGGUGGCUGCCGAUACCGCCACGGUGGACUUGAACUCGUUGCUGUACAAGUAUGAGACGGACAUUGCUCGUACGAUCCGCGAACGCUUCGGUGAUCACCUUGAGAUUCUGGCCGAGUGGCACGCGGAGGCCAAGCCACAUGUCGAGACGUCUGCAGUGUGGGAGCGGCGAGCACGUAAACGACGCAAGAUCAUGGAGAGCCUGAUGUGGGAUGAGAAGGAGGGGAUGUUCUUCGACUACAACAUCAAGACGAAGGAGCAGACUGGAUACGAAUCCGCGACCACCUUCUGGGCAAUGUGGGCGGGCGUUGCGACUCCGCAGCAAGCUGCCGCGAUGGUGGAGAAGGCACUCCCACGAUUUGAAGUUGCCGGCGGCCUGGUCUCGGGAACGGAAAGAUCGCGGCGGCGAGUGGCCCUUCACAAACCCAAUCGACAAUGGGAUUAUCCAUACGGCUGGGCACCGCAGCAGAUCUUGGCGUGGACGGGCUUUCAACGGUACGGGUACGUUGAAGAAGCGAAGCGCCUCGCAUACCGCUGGCUCUACAUGGUCACCAAGGCGUUCGUGGACUUCAACGGCGUGGUGGUGGAGAAGUACGACGUGACGAAGAAGACCGAUCCGCACCGCGUGACGGCGGAGUACGGGAACCAGGGCUCACAAUUCGAGGGCGUGGCGACUGAGGGGUUCGGCUGGGUCAAUGCUUCGUACGUGUAUGGUCUUAACAUCAUCGAUGCGCGCAUGAGGCGUGCGCUGGGAGCCAUUACGGACUGGGAGACGUUCAGUCGGAUGACGGAAGCUUCUGCUGCCCUGGGAGAGCAAAGAGGCCGGCUGCUGGACCGAAUGCAGGAACAUGGUCAGGAAGAGGAGCAUGGAAUUGCCGCCGCCGCUGUUGCCGUGCAUCAUACGCAUCACGAAGGCGUGCCGCACAGCCAUGAGGAUGCAUUGGCUCACAAGGCUGUGCAUGGCCAGGAGGAGAGGGUGGAGCAUCAUGGGCCGGAUGGGUGGGCGCAUGCUCCGAAGAAUGCGGUGUCUGUUUGAGGGCGGUUUGUGUUCCUGGUGAAGGAUGAAGCUUGUCCUACUGAUGCAACUUGACCUACAAUAUUGAAGCUUAUCAAGUCAUUCCCAUGUGCUUUGCCGAUC